GUCAUAAAUCUCCACUGUGUCCAAUGGGCUCUGAGGUGGUAGUGAUUACUGUGAUAUCACAACAAAAAAAUGGGACUUUGCCUUAGGACACAGCCAGCCCCCAACAAUGUCAAUCGCUCCUACCCUUGAAGGUUAUUUUAGCUGGAAGCACACCUUGCUUAAUGCUCUGAGGAACUUAUGGCCACUGUGACACGCGAUCCAGUUUGAUUUCUACGCUUCAAAGGAGACUGAAAGAUCCUUAUCAUCAACAUGAGUGCUGAAAGGGAUGAACAGAUCAUUGACACCUACUACACCUCAGUUCAUACAUCCUGCAGGAAAAAUGGAAAGGAGAGAAAGCAGAUCCGCUACAUGCAAAAAGACGGCCGGUUUCUGGUGUCAUUCCAAAAACCCCACGGAGACUGGGGCCCAUAUUUGCUGGACAUCUUCACCACCCUCAUAGAGAUUCGAUGGAGCAUGAUGAUCCUCCUCUUCUCACUUUCUUACAUUGUCACCUGGAUGUUUUUCGGUCUCUGUUAUUGGCUUAUUGCCUACAUACACGGAGACACUGAGAGUGUAGAUAACAGUCCUUGUGUGGAUAACGUGCGUGGUUUUACUGGAGCAUUCCUGUUCUCGAUGGAGACCCAGGCAACUAUUGGCUAUGGCAAUAGGGGGAUGACGGAAAACUGCAUUGGGGCCAUUAUUGUGGUAACUAUCCAUGAUGUAUUUAGCUGCUUUCUUGAUACAAUUAUUAUCGGCAUUGUCGUGGCAAAAAUGGCUUCUGCCCGAAAGAGGGCUCAGACAGUGGGAUUUAGCAGUUGUGCAGUUGUCAACCUACGAAAUGGGGUUCUGUGUCUCUCAUGGCGUCUUGGAGACUUCAGAGGUAAUCACAUUCUUGAAGGGGUAAUCACGGCCUAUCUUGUUCGCCAUGUAAAGCAAAAAGUUGGUUCUGUUAGGAUGUUGUACCAGGACAUAGAGCUUGAAAACCACCAUGUUGUCCUUGCUACUCCUACGACAAUUAUUCACAAGCUAAAACCAGGGAGCCCCCUCUACAAAAUGGGUCCCGAUGAUUUGCAAGAGGAGAACUUUGAACUGGUGGUCUCCUUCACCUAUACAGGAGACUCUACAGGUAUGCUCCACCAGACACGCACGUCAUAUACUCCAAGAGAUAUUCGCUGGGGGCAACGUUUUAAGGAUAUUCUGAAAGUGGGAAAGAAGCGCUACAAGGUGGACUAUGCCCUCUUCAAUGAGACCACCUGGGUUUCUGUGCCCAUGAUCUGUGCAGAGGCUUACGAAAGAGAGACAAGACAUCUUAAUGGGGAUGAUACGCUUCUACCAUCAGUCACAGAAAGUGGGCAAAUCUACUGGACCAACAAUAACACCCCUGAGGAGGUGGUUGUACAAACUUCUCUGUAAAGAAAGAUAUAUAUAUGCAUUGUUCUACUGUAGUUAGUAUAAAAAGGUCAGACCUUUUCAAUGUGUUUGUAUAUAGAUUGAAAUCCAAAGUUUUAAUUUAUUGUUUGCUUUGUAAGAAGUAAGUUGAGAGUAAGAUAAAUGACCACCUUGUUAGUACAAAUAAAGCUUUUAUCUUUUGUCCCUUAA